UUCAGCAUUGUUUACGGUCGGCAUCCUGUUUCCGGUGCGCCAUCUUUACUAAGAAGGAAGUGCAACAAGUCCAAGGCAGCGCCUCAGAAUCUCCCUGUAUAAAAGAUGUCCAACCUGCAGCAGCAGCGAAAGAUAGUGGAGCAGUUGCGCAGAGAGGCUGGCCUCAAGCGCAUGGAGGUGUCUGCGGCGGUUGAAGACCUCAAGAAGUACAUCCAGGACCACGAGAGUGACGACUACCUGCUCGUGGGCUUCCACUCACAGAAGGCGAACCCGUUCCGGGAGAAGAGCUCGUGCAGCCUGCUUUAGGCCCCCUCCCCCAACCUCCACACCGCCUCUCUCUCUCUCCACUGCCCGAGUGCCCUCACCCACCUUCGCCACAACACCUCCCGCCACCAAUCGUCUCCGAGCCCAGCGUCCAAUGCACAAAUACAGCCCACUUCUCACAA